AUUUUAUGUAUUACCAGCUCAUCCGUAACCACACGAGAGCAGGGAUAAUAUGUACAAUAUAUAAUUGCAACAGCCAGCAUUUUAAUCGCGCACAACAAAGGCACUUUCAGUCCGCAAUAAAGAUCAAGGUCUGCGGAUUUUGAAAAUGGCGAUCUAUGCGUUUUGCCGAUGAAUGCGCGUAUCGGUCGUGAGCAGCCUUCUGCAGGUACUGAUUGUGAGCUUGCGGUGUUAGUUGAAAGGUUAGCCAAGCGGCGACCCAGUUCAGCAGUAGCAGCAGCAUUGUCGGUGAAAUCAGCCGAGCAAUUAAUAAUUAUACCGUGUGUCAAGCAGGAAUCGGUUGGACGACACUCGCGUGUGUUGCGUCAACAUUCACCGUGGCGCGAGUUCUUUCUUUAUUGUCUCCUAUGCGAAAACAAUACCACCUUGUCCCCCGCGAGUUACUUUCGCAGGCCGCCACCUUGAUCCUGAAAAUGUUUCCAAGCAAAUCGACCCCUUUCGCUGAAAAUUCCGCACAGCCAAAGUUUGCGACCUCAAACACUCACGGAAUACUCUCUGACGUCAGUGAAAUCAUUUAGUAGAAACAACUCUCGUAAACGGCUCCCAUGAACGGCUGCAGGCCAUCCACAGAGUGUCCCAGUACUGUGGCAAGCCUCUACUACCCCAAGAAACUACACUUGACGAAGAAUCGCCGCGAAAGUGGGACUUCUACAAUUCCUUCUUUGUCGCUGUCACCAUCGUCAGCACAAUAGGUUACGGAAACAUGGCGCCAACCACUUUUGGCACGAGAAUGUUCUGCAUCGGCUACGCACUCGUCGGCAUACCCUUGAACGGCAUCCUGCUCGCAGGUCUCGGCGAAUACUUCAGCCGCACAUUCCUCAGAGCGCACCACCGUUACAAGGAGGAACCACAGGGCAGAUAUCAACUACUGCUCAAGGUGAUGCAGUACCUGGCAGCUGGGAUCGCACUUUUUAUUCUGCUACCCGCGGUGCUAUUCGCCCUAGCUGAGGGCUGGAGCUACGAGGAGGCCGUCUACUACGCCUUCAUCACGCUCUCGACUAUCGGCUUCGGCGACUACGUUGCAGGUUUCAUGGCCAACGAACAGGACUGGAAGCACAAAUUUGGGAUGCUGGGCGCGUACCGUGCGUUCAUCGUGCUGUGGAUCAUGUUCGGACUGGGAUACCUGGCCAUGAUCCUGUCGUUCAUCACGCGGGCGAUGCGGUCGUCGCGGCUGCGACGGCUGGAGAAGCGGCUCGCGCACCGCAUCAAGAGCGCCCGCCUGUGGCACUCAGGCGAGAUCGGCUACCUGAGACGCGUCCUUAACGAACUGUACCUCCUGAAAUUCAAGGUGCACGGUGGCCGUCACGUCAUCAGCCGUAGCGCUUGCAGCCGCCAGAGCAAACGAGCCGCUUUUCCGUGUAGUGUCGCUAGUCAUAGGUUUAGCUACGCCCUAGACUCUUUCGAGUGUAGUCUGCUGGCCUCUAGUCGCAAGUCAAGCUAUAGAGUUCCUAGCCUGACUCUUUGCCCCACUCACUCUCUCUACCUGCUGCAGCCGGUGUACCGCGGCCGCAGAUCUCUGGCCGCCGUGCCAACCCUGAGGGGACGCAGCCGCAGCCUGAACCUGGACGAGGAGCAGCUGCCGCCCCGGCCGCCACCGCGCAGCCUCUCUGAGUCGUGUCUCGACCUGAUCGACCGCGACGCCACCUUCGCCUCCUCGCCUCGCAGGGUGGAGGCGGCCGAGCUGCUGGCCACCGUGGCGGCGGCUGCCGCGGCCGUCGAGGCCGUAGAGGAGGAGGAAGCCGGCGCCCACCACGGCCUCCCCGACGAGGAUAUCUUAGCCGACGAGCGCUCCCGCAAGAGCAGCGGCUCCAACUCGCGCAGGAGCAGCGCCGCCGGAUCCAGGAGGAGCAGUUGGAUACCCUCGCGCAGGGGCAGUUUGAUCCCAAUGUCCGGCAAGAGCAGCGCCGCUCCCUCACGCCGAGGAAGUUUGAUCAAUGGAGAUGCGCGUCGCACUAAAGGACGGGCAUCUCUGCGUAGAGUAUUAGCAGAGCGGAAUCUGAGUGCAGCUUCGCAACAAAGCUCUCCACUUCAAGAGCGCCGGCCGAACGCGCCAGAUUGGGAUCCAACAGCUCGGCGAAGGUCCGAAGGGUUUGUCCUCAGACCCCCCACGGAUGAACCAUUUUCCGAGCUGGACGGUACGACGGUGGGCGACCUGAUGCGGGCGCUGCACGCGCUCCACUCCCGUCGCGGCUCGCUGCGUCCCACGCUGACCUUCGAGGACGAGACCUCCAGUGCUGGGGUCGCAAUGCGAGCUGCAGAUGACGACGACGACUGGGACGGCAAGUCGGUGCAGAUCUCGCGCCUCUGAGGGCACCCGAGCGUCUGAGGCGGUGCUGCAGACGUGACUAAGUUUAUCACACUGACACUGUCACAGUGUCCAGUCACUGCACUUCAGUAGGGUAGAGAUUCGCGCGCACAGAGAAACACAGAGCAAACGAGACGCGGACGCAGCUGCUCGAGGCGGAGUUUCGCCCCUUUUUUCAUACACUUUAUGACAAUUAAAAAAAACAAAAAAUACCCGAGUGACUCCUCUCGUGGGCGGAAGGCGCGAAAAAAAGAUAGGCGGAUGUGCUCCGCGAGUGCCGAUUCUUUUGAGUAAAUGACGCAAACCGCUGCGCGAUAAAACUCGGUUCGCUGAAGGGGAUGAGUGACUUUGCUCUUUCAAGUGCGAGUGUGAAAAUGCAAUAAAAGCCAGGAGACCCGUUCCACCCCAGCUGCCGACAGUUUUCAUCUGAUAAUUUGUUUCAAUUUUUUUUUCGCAUUAUUGAGUGCAGUGCAAACUAAUUCUUUGCGAGUGAUGACCGAAUUUUUAAAAGGGGCUCAACCAUGAACCUAAAUCGAUAAUAAGUUUAAAGAAUUGGUAUUAAAUCGUGAUAGGAGCCUAUCACGCAAAAUCAAAUUACGGUUAUUGACAUGUUAAAUUGUAAAUCAAGUGAUUCAUUCUAAACUGUCGCGUAAAAAAUUACUGCUCAAAUUGUUAACCUCAAUUUUCAUUCAUUUUUACAGCUUCAAAAUAUCAAGAUAUUAUAUAUUUACACGUUUUGACAUUACGGCGAAUUUAGUGCACUAUUUUUUUAUAAGAUAAUCCCUUGAAGACAAGCAGAGUCAACUUGCUCCUUGAAAUUUAGGCUGUAAAAAUUGCUUAGGAAUUAUACGGCCAACAAGUGUAUGAAAAGUAGCAUUGAUUUUCUGUUUUUGAUCGUAAUUUAAUUAUUUCAUUCAUUUCGAUCACAAAACAAUUCAAAUCCAUCCCGCAUUGUAAAUAAUAUGCGAGAAAUAAUCUAGCUGUGUCAACUGGGGCAGAGUCAUUAUACUUCUAGUCACUAUGGCAAGAUUUCAAAAAAGGAGAACCAGCAACGGGAUGCACAGCCUCUUUUUCAAUUUGUGUACAUUUCGAGAGGACAUACUACUAACUUAUAAAUGUAAGCAGGUCUCCACGCGGCCGAUAAAAUUAGACAGUGAGAAAGUAAGAACCAAAACACUGCCGCCCUUCAGCGGGAGCCAACGCAGCGGACAUGCGCGCACCUGAGACGUCAAAAAAUUUACGAGUGAUUGAUUCUGUGUAAGGGAGAGAGAGAGAGAGAGGGAGGGAGUCACCGUCGUCGGAGGUCAAAGUUCAUUCGCUCUCUGUUUCUCGGUAGAUUCACGACUGCUGCUGCUGUUGCUGCUGAUGCACCUGCUUGAAAAUGGACAGCAGGUUGUUGACGCCCACUAGGUAGCCGUCUUCGUGGUUGCUGACGACCCAGCGCGACGCGUGGUCGAUCGCGAGGCCCGACGGCAGCCUCGUAGUCUUGGCAAAGUCAAUCAACCACACGUUGGCGUUGCUCGCGUCGUGCACGAACAGUAGCGAACUGCCGAUCACCUCAUGUGUGGCGAAGAACUCGGACACCUCCAGCGUCGCCCUGAUCGCCUUCAACCGCUGGAUGUACUUGGGCUGCAAGCAAAGUGCGUCGUUAGAAUAUUUAAGCCGUUCAAAACGAAAUCGUCUGUGCGUCCGUGAAAUCUACUGCUUUUUUUGUUACUGUUCGCCCUGUAAUUAAGUUUAAUUCAGAUUCACUGGAAGCUUUUAAAUGAGAAAUUUUCUACAAAAUUAAAUGAAAUUUGACCAACUUGGAGGGUUGCGUGCCUCAGAUAAAAUUAUAUCAAGCAAGCAAAGAUUCUUAAAUUUACAAAACCAGUUUACCGUUAAAAAUAAUUGCAGGACGAUUAAUACCAAAAUUAUUAUUUAGAGUUAAUUUUAAAAAUCAACUAUGUUAUCCAGUUUUAACAAACUAAAAAAUUAUCUUCUGUAACGGAGAAUUCAGUCUUGAGAUAAUUAAUUUUCUCGUGGGAUCCCCCAUUGCCAAGGCACAAAAAUUGUCCAUUUGUGCUUGUAGUUUAAUAAAAUAUAUUUAUUCGCUGUUGCGUCCCGAUUGUGGACGUGUGCAUAACGACUUGCGUGGGUCGCCCCGGGCGACCCUUGGCUCAAUUAUAAUUGUGAUUAGACAGAAAAGAUGAGUCAAUAGAUUUGAUAUUAUGCGAAUUAACGCA